AUGUCGACGCAGAAGCCUUCGAAGUGCUGCGUGUGCGGCGAAGCAACCGACAAGCGUUGCGGACCAUGCGGGAAGAACGGGAUUGACCUCUUCUUCUGCUCGCCGGAACACCAGAAGCUUGUCUGGAAGUACCACAAGCAGAUUUGCGGACCGAACGCCAACCCUAUCCGUCCUCCGGCGUUGUCGAACGACGAGAUCGUCGUCCCGAUGCUGCUCAGUCCCCCGCCGACGUUCACCAAUACCCACCGCUACCUUUUGCUCUCCGAGUCGCGCCGCCUCUUCCUCGCCCACGUCGAGGGCAUCUGGGCGCAGGUCGCACGCUUUCAGCUGAACUCGUUUGCUCGCGACCUGAACAUGGCGAUGGACAUCACGCCUUACAUGGACCUCGCAAGCCGCAUGGCACACGUUCUGCUCAUAAUGAUCGCCCUUGUGCGUCUCAGGACCACCGAGCCCGCUGCCAUCCCCCUCGCCUGGGUUAAGCGCGCCUUCGAGCGCUUCGCCGACCUCGUCGCCGACAUCAAGCCUUUCCAAAACGCACAAGAUGCGGCCGAGGCUAUGUCGUGGUAUCUUCACCAUGUUUCGCUGCUCACGCGCCAGCCCUGUCGUGUUGAGCGCGAGUCGGGCACGAACAAACUCGUCUUCCGCUUCGCCGACUGA